CAAAAGUAUAAAAGCAAUAUACAGGGCUGUUUCAAUAAUUAGUUCAGAAAUAAGAACGAUACUAAAAUCACAAUGAAGGCUUUCGUUGUAGUUUUGGCUGUUGCUAGCCUUUUGGCCACAGCUAAUGCCGGUUUUCUGGGAUUAUUAGGUGGAGGCGGCCAUGGCGGCGGAUAUGGAGGUGGCUAUGGAGGCGGCCAUGGUGGCGGUUAUGGUGGUGGAGGCUAUGGUGGUGGAGGCUAUGGUGGUGGCGGCUACGGUGGUGGCGGCUACGGUGGUGGCCAUGGCGGUGGUCAUGUCAGUGUGUACAAAGUUAUUACUACAUCCCACGGUGGUGGCGGCUAUGGAGGUGGCGGCUAUGGUGGUGGCGGCUACGGUGGUGGCGGCUAUGGAGGUGGCGGUUACGGUGGUGGCGGCUAUGGUGGUGGCGGCUAUGGAGGUGGCGUUCAUGGUGGUGUUUAUAAAAUCAUCACAACUUCUGGCGGCUACGGUGGUGGUGGCUACGGUGGUGGCGGCUACGGUGGCGGCCAUGGCGGCUGGAAUUCCGGUUGGGAUAAGAAAUAAUUCUAGUCAUGCUAGUUUUAUUAGACAUAAAUUAAUCCACAUCAUAACUGAAAACAAUAAAGCUUAAUAAUUCUUAAAUUAAUAUACAAAUUAAA